AGAUCAUGUGAAUGUGAGGUUGGCUGGUGGUCACAAUCGCUGUGCUGGUAGAGUGGAGGUUCUUCAUAGAGGUCAGUGGGGAACAGUGUGUGAUGAUGACUGGGAUAUGGCUGAAGCUGCAGUGGUGUGUAGAGAGCUGGACUGUGGAGAACCUGUAGAUGUUCUGGAUGAUGCUCAUUUUGGACCAGGAUCAGGACCAAUCUGGAUGAGUUUUGUCAAGUGUACUGGAUCAGAGUCUACACUGAAGAACUGUGGAUCAGCAGGAUGGGGCAAACAUAAAUGUGAUCAUAAUAAAGAUGCUGGAGUCAUCUGCUCAGGAGUCAGGCUGGUUGGAGGUUCUCGCUGCUCUGGGAGGUUAGAGAUACUUGAUGAUCAGACGUGGGUUUCAGUGUGUGCUGCUGCCUUUGACCAGCAGGAUGCAGAGGUUGUGUGUAGAGAGCUGGACUGUGGGGCUCCUGUACAGGUGCUGGGAGAAGAUGCUUUUGGAAAAGGAGACACUCAGAUGUGGACACAAGAGAUUCAGUGCAGAGGAAAUGAGUCUCAGAUUAACCUCUGUCCAACAUCACCAUCACAUAAAAACAACUGUUCUUAUGAACACGUCAUUGGUUUGCUGUGUACUGGUAACAGUUCAAAGCACAACAAAUCACAUUUAAUUUAAUUUCAUUUCAUUUUAUAAUAACAUUUUAAAUGUACACUAGCUUUUUUUCUUACUUUCACAGACAUUAUAAAUGUGAGGUUGGUUGGUGGUCACAGUCGCUGUGCUGGUAGAGUGGAGAUUCUUCAUAGAGGUCAGUGGGGAACAGUGUGUGGUGAUGGCUGGGAUUUGGCUGAUGCUGCAGUGGUGUGUAGAGAGCUGGACUGUGGAGAACCUGUAGAUGCUCUUGGUGAUGCUCAUUUUGGACAAGGAUCAAAACCGAUUUGGAUGAAAAAUGCAAUGUGUACUGGCUAUGAGUCUAUGCUUAAGAAAUGUAGACUCAUACAAUCAGUUGAUAUUAAUAUGUGUCUUGAAAAGAACGCUCAAGUUAUUUGUUCAGAAGUCAGGCUGGUUGGAGGUUCUCGCUGCUCUGGGAGGUUAGAGAUACUUGAUAAUCAGACGUGGGUUUCAGUGUGUGCUGCUGCCUUUGACCAGCAGGAUGCAGAGGUUGUGUGUAGAGAGCUGGACUGUGGGGCUCCUGUACAGGUGCUGGGAGAAGAUGCUUUUGGAAAAGGAGACGCUCAGAUGUGGACACAAGAGAUUCAGUGCAGAGGAAAUGAGUCUCAGAUUCACCUCUGUCCAAUAUCACCAUCAUAUAAAACCUGUUCAUAUGAAAAUGAUGUUGGCUUGGUGUGUGCAGACAGUAUGAGAGUAAGGUUGGUUGGUGGUCACAGUCGCUGUGCUGGUAGAGUGGAGAUUCUUCAUAGAGGUCAGUGGGGAACAGUGUGUGAUAAUUUCUGGGAUUUGGCUGAUGCUGCAGUGGUGUGUAGAGAGCUGGACUGUGGAGAACCUGUAGAUGCUGUGGGUGGUGCUCACUUUGGACAAGGAUCAGGAUUGAUCUGGACAAAUCGCAAGUUCUGUUCUGGAUCAGAAUCUACAUUGAAGAACUGUGGAACAGUAGAUUGGUGGUUUAAAGACUGUGAUCAUACUAAGGAUGCAGGAGUCAUCUGCUCAGGUGUCAGGCUUAUCGGAAACUCCAGUUGCUCUGGGAGAAUUGAAGUUCUUGAUAAUCAGACAUGGAUGUCAGUGUUAGGCCUGGGACGGUUACCGCAUUACCGCAAUACCGCGGUCACGUGACGCCUACCGCGGGUCUAAACCUGUAACCGUCAUCACCG